AUGGAUUUUGAGUAUAUUACGACCAGUGUGCCUGGACCGGGUACUGAUGAAGCUAACUGGGAAGUGCUCUGUGGUUGUAAAUGUAUCGGUGAAUGCUCAGCUAAAGAAAGGUGUGAAUGCUUACUGGGUGCGGAGGUGUAUUACUGUUCCGAUGAAAAAGGUUUUGGAGUACGAGCAGUGAGGGAUAUCCCAAGAGGCACAUUUGUCUGUGAAUAUGUUGGUGAAAUCUUGAAUAAAGAUGAAGUAGAAAGGCGAGCUACCUCUAAUCACAAUCACAAUUACACUCUUACUGUGAGAGAAUACAGUGGUGGAGGAAUCACAACAACUUUUGUUGAUCCACGUUAUCGAGGGAACUUGGCACGUUUUAUCAAUCAUGGAUGCGAACCGAAUCUUUCGAUAACUAUAGUUCGCAUGGGAUACACCGUCCCAUGCAUAGGAUUGUUUGCAAAUAGGUUUAUUUCUGCUGGAGAGGAGAUAUGCUAUGAUUACGGAGUUUCGGCAUUUGAAGGAGAAAAUCGAAAGAAGUGUUACUGUGGUUUUCCUUCAUGCAGAAUGUUUCUUCCCAUGUCGGGAACAGCUUCAGAGUAG